GGAGCACCGCACACCUUUGCAUAGCGCAGGCUGCAGAAUAACCCAAGCAGAAGUCCCUUUUAUCACUGCUGACGACGAGCUCGCAUGUGGAUUUUGCACUGGAUUUAUGGGUGAUUUUCAGUAUGGAUUGUUAAUCUGACCCUUUCUGCAGGACGGCUCGUCUGGACACAGUUUGCACAUUAGCGCUACAAUGUAUCAGACGUUACGGACGUUACUAUCAAAUGCCCGGUGCUGGGAUGCCGACAGUGAGAGGUCAUACCAGGACCUGUUUGAAAGGCUCGACACCAACAAAGAUGGGAAGGUGGAUGUUGCUGAAUUACGAGCGGGCCUCAAGGCAAUGGGCAUUUUCCGCCAGGGAGCCGCACAGAAAAUUGUGUCGUCUGGUGACCAAAACAAAGAUGGGUGUCUGGACUUCAGCGAGUUCACCAAAUACCUGAAGGAACACGAGAAGAAGCUGUGGCUGACUUUCAAGAGCCUGGACAAAAACGAUGAUGGGCGGAUUGAUUCCUCAGAGAUCCAGCAGUCCCUCGCAGAGCUGGGCAUAGAUAUCAGCAGAGAAGAAGCCCUGACAAUUUUACAGAGUAUGGAUAUAGAUGGGACCAUGAUGGUUGACUGGAAUGAGUGGAGGGAACACUUCCUGUUAUGCCCUGCCCACAACCUGGAAGAGAUCAUACGGUACUGGAAACAUUCUUCGGUUCUGGACAUAGGUGACAGUCUUGCCAUCCCAGAUGAAUUCACAGAGGAAGAGAAGAGCACAGGUGGCUGGUGGAAGCAGCUUGUUGCAGGUGCAGUGGCAGGGUCUGUUUCUCGCACUGGUACUGCCCCACUGGACCGAAUGAAAGUCCUCAUGCAGGUUCAUUCUUCUAAGGCCAAUCAGAUAAGUCUGCUAGGGGGCUUUAAGCAAAUGAUUGUAGAGGGAGGUGUGACUUCGCUGUGGAGGGGAAAUGGAAUAAAUGUUUUAAAGAUUGCACCUGAGACAGCGAUUAAAUUCAUGGCAUAUGAACAAUAUAAGAAACUGUUAUCAUCAGAGGGAACGAAGAUUGAAACCCACCAGAGGUUUAUGGCUGGCUCUCUGGCUGGGGCCACAGCACAGACAGCAAUCUACCCAAUGGAGGUAUUAAAGACUCGACUGACCCUUCGGAAAACUGGCCAGUAUGCAGGAAUGUUUGAUUGUGCCAAGAAGAUCCUGAGGAAGGAGGGCGUCAAAGCUUUCUACAAGGGCUACAUACCAAACUUACUGGGCAUCCUUCCCUAUGCUGGGAUAGACCUGGCUGUUUAUGAGACUCUAAAGAACACCUGGUUGUCGUAUUACGCCACAGACUCAGCCAACCCUGGAGUGCUGGUGUUGCUGGGCUGUGGGACCAUCUCUAGUACCUGUGGCCAGCUGGCAAGCUAUCCACUCGCACUUGUGCGCACUCGGAUGCAGGCACAAGCGUCUCUGGAACAAUCAGACCAGCCAUCUAUGAGUUUUCUGAUGAAGAAGAUUGUAGCCAAAGAUGGGUUUUUUGGACUCUACCGGGGCAUCCUGCCAAACUUCAUGAAAGUCAUUCCUGCAGUCAGCCUAAGCUACGUGGUUUAUGAAUAUAUGAAGACUGGCUUAGGGAUCUCCAAAUGACUGCAAACAAAAAAAAAGUUUAUCGUAUUUGUCAGGUUUGAAAAUGCCUGAAAUAACUCCAAAAAAGGCAGACAGAGAUAAAACAUACAGAGCAUGACUUCCAUCAAAUGAUGGAGAAUAGAAAUGUAUGUUUUAAGAGCUCUCUCCCAGUAGUUAAAGCAUUAAUGAUUUGUGGUAUGCAUGCUCUAAUUUUUGUCUUACUGUAACACAUUCCACUCUCCCCAUGUUUUAUUAUUUACACACCUUUACAAAAAGACAGUUCUGGAAAUAACCCAUAAAAGGUAGUAAGUAUAAUGGCUUAUUUAAUUUAUGCCACAGAUGUUCCUUUAAACUGUGAUGAAACAAACGUGAGCUAAUGUGUUGUUUUUUCUUUGUUUGAGAAAUGACGCUAUGAACUUUUCACGUCUAUGCACUGUAUACAUAAUUUAACCCUUUUGUAAACACCUAAGUGACAGCAGGUCCAGACAAACUGUUCUCCAGUCAGCAGCCGUCCACUAAAAAUUGUUUGCUUGAACAAAGCAAUACACUGGAAUAGUGUGUGAAAGAAGACACACAUCUUGUACAAUGUUAAAACCACUGAUUCCUGUAUUUGAUACCCAUUUAAAUGUGCCUUAUCUGGGUUUAAACCUGAUAACAUCAGUAUAUAGCUAUACUGCUUGUAACUUUUCAGUUAUGUUAUUUAUGGGUUUUAAUGAUGAAAAGUACUUGCAAGGAGCAUGUUUUUGUCAUGUGUCACUUCUCAUUUCAACCACCUAUGUAGGUGUUCGUAGAUACCCACAACACACUCAUUCUACAGUUAACUUUGAUUUUGUUGCAUAUUCUUUCACACAGCCAAGUGGGGGAAGUUUUGAUGUAGCAUGCAAGAUAAAAACCUCUUGUGUUUAGUUUAUGUGACAUUUUUGGAGCUUGAAACUGAUCUUAACUUAUUAGUUGGUGAAACUUGGUCUUUCCAGGGAGGUUUGAAUGGUGAUAUUACCUCAUAAGUAAUGUAAAAUCUGAUGUGUUGAAAAGCUUUGCCAAGUGGUCAAUAAAGACAAAGUGGUGCUGAAGGUU